UGCUGAUUCCCCUCAACCAAGUCAGAGCUGACUGGGAGAAGACCAGCGGCCCGUUCCACAAGCAGCGCGUGGCGGAGCACUGCGGGAUAUUUCGUGACUUGUUCAAGGGGGCCACGUUCACCCCCUGGGUUCCCUUGAGGGUGGAGUACAGCCAAGAAGACGAACACCUUGUGCCAGUCUACUAUGGGAACGUGGUGACUCCGUCAGAGGCUUCCCGUUCCCCUGCAGUGUCAUACGAGGCAGAUAAAAGCUCCCUCUGGACUUUGUUGCUCACAAAUCCAGAUGGACAUCUCAGGGACACGGAUUCGGAGUACCUCCACUGGCUGGUGACGAACAUCCCAGGCAACGACGUCAAGUCGGGGAAGGAGAUCUGCCAUUACUUGCCCCCCUUCCCUGCCGUGGGAACUGGCUACCAUCGCUUCAUCUUCCUCCUCUUCAAGCAAGCCUGCCCCAUAGAUUUCAGCGAGGAUGUUCGGCCGGUGCCGUGCCACAGCCUCAAGAUGCGAACCUUCAGCACGUUUGACUUCUACAGGAAGCACGAGGACGCGAUGACCCCGGCAGGGCUGGCGUUUUUCCAGUGUCAGUGGGACAGCUCCGUUACUUGGGUCUUCCAUCAGCUUCUCAAUAUGAGGGAGCCCGUGUUUGAAUUCGUGCGGCCGCCCGUUUACCGUCCGCCACAGGUAAAGUUCCCGCGCCACCAGCCUCUGAGGUACCUGGACAGAUACCGAGACGCCAAGGAGCCCACCUACGGCAUUUACUAG